CUCCUAGAUUGCGCUCGUCAUCAUGCUAACGGUGGGCAGGACUUCGAGGGCCAACAUCUGGCUGAGCUCGUCACAACGGUGCUGCUAGGAGUUUCCGGAAUAAUCGCCUUCUUGGUCGGCUACGUUCAGCAAGACAUCUACCAGACCCUGUGGAUUGGACUGGGGGGAACCGCCCUCACCUUUAUCGCUGUCGUCCCGUCGUGGUCCUUUUACACCAAGAACCCCGUUGCAUGGCUGCCUCCCCACAAUGCUACAUCGGGUUUGAGAAUCGAUGUGGACGGGAAUCAGGUGGGCUGA